GGACAAACCCCCGUAAUAGCGGAGCUGUGUCAGUGCUAUUAGUGACGUCGCGCGCGGCGUAGGAAUCUCGAACGCGGGCGCGUGCAAAAAGAAGAAGAAGAAGAAAUAGAAGAAAUGAGCGAGAUCCGCGGAUAGAGGCGCGCACCGUCUUCCGGGGAAAGACGAGACUGCGAGAAAUUACUUCUUUUACGAGAUGCGAGUGCUGUUCGAUUACGCGAUUACGAUGCGAUUACCGUAUUCAUUCAUGACGGAAGAAACGACGAGCGCCGCGACGACGAACGCCCGUUUCUGACCGAGCGACGACGUACCGACCGGCAAUAGCCUAGGAUAAAUUUAAUUCACGUCGGCCCGCCGCAUUUGGAUUUAAUAUCGGUGCCGAUUGAGUGAGUAAGAGACAUGCUACAGAAACCGUCGCGACGGAUUGCGUAAGAGUUCGAGAGACAGAUAGGCGUCGCGAUCAAAUGGAGAACGCGAUUAAGUCCCAUCCUCAUUCCUUCCGGUCUUCCUCUGGCUCCCCGUUUUACGUAGGCAAAAGAUGGACGGAAAAAAGGGAAAGAGACAGCGUGGCAUUGAAAUUUUAUAAAUAAACUGCCGGUGCGCAUGGUUCUCCAAGUGCCACGCUCGUUACGUGUGUGCGUGCGUGCGUGUGUGUGUGUGCCUGCGUGGAUUGUCAGAAAUACGUGAAAGACGACAAUGCAACUCGUGAAUGCUCAGUGGCGACGAAUUCACUGAUCAGAAAUCAACUGUUCACCAAAAUGCACUCCAUGUACUCGUCUAAGAAAGGCGAUUCUCUUUGCCCUUUGGGUUUCCACCCGCAGGUUCGGUGGCCAACGCGUUGCAAACGCUGUUUCAGGGACUACAAAGAGCAUGGCGGCAGAAGAAACAGCCUUGGAGACAUCACAUCUUCGUCUCCCAGUCUUUCCUCAGAUUCGCGCGGACCCGAGAGCAACAGGACUUGGUCUUCCGCUACGAAUUUGGCGAAAGAUGAAACGAGGAACAAUCAUUCGCAAUCGGUGGCGACAACCGGAUGGACAUCCCUGAUGGAUCUCUCCGCUAUAGAUAAGAAUCCAGAAGACGCCCAUAAAUUAGAAAACGUUAGAAAACCGGCGAAGCUCCAAAUAAAAAAUGUGAUAAGCAACACCAACGGCGGCACUUCGGAAAACGACGUCGAAUUUAUUAUUCAGGUAAGGAAAUCACGACCGGCACCGCCGAAACAGGUGGUCCAGGACGGGCUGGACAAUGUCACGGUAAAGAGAGAAGACACCGAGAAGAACGAGAUAGAAAAACUGAGGUCUCAGUUAAACGAUAUGAGAGCGAGAUGCGAGAAGGCAGAGAAAGAAAAAAGUGAGAUAUUACUGCGUCGAUUGUCGACCAUGGAGACAAUGUCGAACAAAACGUCAUCGAGCGAAGUGACGAAGCUACAGAAGAAAAAUGAAGCACUUGCGCAAGAGAAAAAUGUAUUGCUGGCAAAGAUAAAAAGCUUGGAAAAAGAAACAAUUGGUAAACCAUUCAGAGGUGAAAGGGACAAAACGCACGACGAAUUACGUUCGAAGCUGAAAGCCGCGGAAAGUCUUUGUGAAAGUUUAAUGGAUGAAAAUGAGGACAUGAAGAAGGAAAUAAGACAAUUAGAAGAAGAGAUCUAUGAGUUGCAAGAUAAUUUUAGGGACGAACAAGCAGAUGAGUAUACUCGUUUACGAAAAAGUUUGGAGCAGUCGAACAAAAACUGUCGAAUAUUGUCGUUCAAAUUGCGAAAAGUAGAGCGCAAAUCCGAAGAGUUAGAAAACGAACGGUCCGCUUUAGAGAAAAAAUAUGAAGAGGUAAAGAAAACGGAAGAGAUUUUGCAGAAAGUAAGUAGCGCAUUUCAAGACAGAACGCAAAAAAAGCCAACGGAAACCACAACGAAAUUGCAACUUAAAAAGAUGGUUGACGAAAUGGAGAAGGAAAUAGAGAGCAUAUUGAGCGUCUUUACCAACAUUAAAAAUGGACACAAUGUGGAUGUACCGGAUGUAAAACCGAAAGAUAAUAAUAAUUUAAAGUACGAUAAACUUUUGAAAGAACAUGAACAGCUUAAAGAGAAACUUGAAUCUACUACGAAAGAACUGUCGAACGAAAGGGAGAAGAAGAAAGCUCAGCCGAGUGUAAAAGUGGAAGAUACCAAAAAUGUGGAGUUACAAAACGUGAAGAAAAAGUUGGACGAAGCAGUUACUUUACGAGAAGCUGAAAGAAAAGCCUGGGAUAAAGAAAAAUUGGCGCUUUCGGAAGAAAAGGAGAAAUUGAAAUCCAAACUGCUGUCGCUAUCAGCCGAAAAAUUAAAAAUUUAUAACGAGGUUGUACAACUAAAGAAAGAUCUCGACACAGCUAAAUCAUCGGAAAGAGAUACGGCAACGAUGGAGGUAACGAUAAAUGAAGUAAAAGAGAAACUCUCGCAGGAACAAGAAAAGUGUAAGAGGCUGCAGGAUGACUUAUCAUCGUACACCGAAAGGGAAUCGAAAAUGUCGCAAUCGAUAACAUCUGUUGAACAGACCAAAGCCAAACUCGAUGCUGAGGUAAAGCGUUUGAAGAAGGAAUUAGAAAAUACAAAGUCUACCACAUCGACGAAGAUCUCGGAUCUGACUGCGGAGCUUGCAGAGCUUAAGCGGGAAAAGGAAAAAUUAACAUCGCAACUCAACAGCGAGAAAGAAGCAAAGGAAGCCGAAGUAACUGCACUCAAGAAAAAAAUUACCUCCUUAGAAAAGGCUGGACAAAAUACGAAACGCAUGAACGAGAUGAAAGAGAGUUAUAAUGAAAAAAUAUUAAAUCUUGAGAAUGAAAUUAAGAAACAUCAACAUGAGCAGGAAACUCUCACCACAAAACAUCAAGAACUUAUGAAUUCAAGGCUACGACUUGAAAAAGAGAAUGAAUCUUUGAAUAGCAAAUGCUCGGAACAUCAGAAGGACUUGAAAAAUGUAAAAACUGAACUUGAAGAGUUACGUAAUUCGAUAAGAACGAAAGAGAGCCAAUGGCGAUUAGAAAAAUCUGUGCUUGAGGGCCAAAUUCGUGAGAGCCAAUUACCAAACAAAGUUAUCGUGGAAGAUUUAAAUGACGAAAUUAAUACAUUGAAGAAAGAGAAUGCCACUUUACUGGAACGAUUGGAAGAUGUGAGAAAAGUGAAUGACGACUUGUCUACAAAACUGAAAGAUUAUCAGGCAGUUUCCAAGAUUCAUCAAGCGUUGACACCUGACACCACGGCAUUGGAAUCCGAAAUCCGGAAAUUAAAGAACGCCUUGACAAACACGGAAAAAGCCAAGAAAGCAGAUCUGGCGCAAUGUAAAAUGCGCUACGAGCAUAGAAUCACGGCGAUCAACGACGAGAUUCAGGCAAUCCAGAAUCAGUUAUCGCGAUACAAGCGCGAACGUGAUACUUACAAACACAUGUUGGAAGGCGCGCAAAAAACUAUAGGUGAGCUAAAGUCUACGAGACAAGGUAGACUCUCUAACGCAUCUUCGGGAAAAUCAGAUGAGGACGAAGAAUCAUUGAAGGCUAAUAUGUUAGUGCUAGAAAAACAAAUCAGUUGUAUGGAGGAUGAACUUUCUGAGACAAGAUUAGAAGCUUCCAGGCUGAAGGCUGAAUUGGUUUCGGAAAAAUCAGGUAGUCACGUCAAAGUCUCCGAACUUCAGUCCCGAAUUAACGAAUUGGAGGAGGAGCGAUUGCUCACUAGCGGACGCUCGAAAAUUCCAGGAUUGAAAGUACGUAUGGAGCUGGCUUGGCAGAAAGAGAGAGAAGAACAUCAAAGAUUAUUGCAAGAAACCGCAACGCUAGCGCGAGAUUUGCGACAGACACUGUUCGAGAUAGAAAGAGAACGCAGCAAAGAGCGGCUUGAAAAUAAAAGGAGACAAGAUCAGUUAAAGAAAGUGUUUGACGAAGAGAAGGAAGAAAAUAAGAAAAAAUUAUCGGAGUUGCAAUGUGAUCUACUCGAGUUGCGGGACGCGCAUGCAAAGUUAAGAACGAGCAACGAAAAGAUGAGACGUGAAAAAGAGCGACACGAAAGGGAAAGGCAGGAACUCAAAGAAGUUAUAUUAAAUAAAUGCAAAUUGGAGCAAAUUGAAAUGCGAAAUAUCAACAUUCUUAUGCAACAAGUACAGGAUUUGUUACAGUUGUUUCCAGAAUUGAAUACCGUAACGGAGAACGGAACGCCCGAUGUAUAUACGCCAACACCGCCGAGACGAUUGAAGGGACCAAAAUCCAGGGAGUCGUCGCCAAUGUUGGAAACAAAGAGCGAUGUUAAAGCUGUAACUCCAGUACUUGGUGAAAGAACGGAAAAAUUAGAGUAUACUAUUAAAAAAUUAAUGGACGUGGCGAAGGAGCUUAAGGAAUCGAAGAACACGGCAGAUGAAACAAAUGCGAUGCGGUUGAAGAAAUUUGGCAAGAGAGCGACGUCAGUAGAAAGCGAUCCAGGAAAAGGAGUGGUGUUAAAUCGUGGCAAACCACGUUUGAAGAGAAAAAGUCUUUCUUUGGAACAAACGUCUGGGCGUCAGGAAUCUCCCGCUAUUUGGGGCACAGACAGCAACUUGUCGAGCAUGCAAUCGUUGGAGGGAUCAGAAGUCGAAUCUAAUCGCGGAACUAGUCGGCCAAGAGAUUCCAGUGUAGACAGCCGUCUUUCCGGAGGAUCGACAAAGAGUGAAAUAUUAGAUCGGGACAAGAAGUAUGGCAAGGGGAUAAUACGAAAAUUAACACAUAAAUUAACUAAAUCGUCCAGCGUCGAUGAUCCGAACAUGACCGACUAUUCGCUUCAGACAUCUGGUUCUGAAACAAGUCUAAACGAAAAUCUUAAGAUGGAAAAGAAGAAUCUAAAGAAAAAAUUAUCGGCCAUGUUCAAAAGAGGAUCAAGAAGCAGCAGCACAGAGAAAAAGAGCGGCAAUUCCAGCAGACCUGCUUCAAGAAAUUCCAUGACAUCGGAUUAA